AUGUUCCGAGAACUGAGAACACAGCCAGGCAUCAAUAACAUAGGGUUAAUGCUAAAUCUUUUUCUUGCCCAUGUCCAGUUGUCAGGGGGAAUGGAGAUAGGUUAUGGGGGUAAUGUGUGUUAUCUAUCCUCUAAACAACUUGUUGGUUAUUGUUUUGUUUUACCCCUAUGUCUCGUUAUUAUCCUAAAUGUUGUUUUCUUUUUUUGGACAAUUAUCUCCAUCUCUCGUGUGAAACAACAGGGAAAACAAUUUGGUGAACGAAACAAUAUUUUGUAA